AUGUUGCAGAGUGCUACAAAUUUAAUAUCCUGCGUAGGAUUAACCACUCUAUUCCUGUCGUUUUUCUGGGUGAAUUCUAGCCCCCCAGAUGAUCCUAUAAACUGUUUGUCAUCCAAAACCAGUUCACAUUGUACUGUAACCAACUCUUAUGGAGAAUUUCCUGAUAGGACUAUAUGUGAAGUUUCAAAUGUUUACUACCCAAAAACAGAACAAGAACUUCUUGCAUUUGUAUCAAUGGCUUCUAAGAACAAAACCAAGGUCAAGGUUUCAACUCGUUACUCUCACAGUAUACCCAAAUUGGUCUGUCCUGACAGUCAAAAAGGGAAUAACAUGCUCAUAAGCACUCUAUAUCUCAACCGUACGCUGGCAAUCAAUGCAUCCACUAUGACGAUGACUGUUGAGUCUGGCGCAACUCUUAAAGACGUGAUCGAGGGUUCUGCCAAGUUCGGCAUGGCACUGCCCAACGGACCUUACUGGUGGGGUUUAACCAUUGGUGGGUUGAUCUCGACUGGUGCUCAUGGUAGUAGUUUGUGGGGUGUUGGAAGUUCUGUUCAUGAUUAUAUCGAACAACUUCGAAUCAUCACUCCUGCCGGAAGCAGUGAAGGUUACGCAAAGAUCCGGAUAAUUGACAGUAGUCACCCACAUAUUAAUGCAGCCAAGGUGUCAUUAGGAGUGCUUGGAGUCAUUUCGCAGGUUACUCUAAGGUUGGAACCAAUGUUCAAAAGGUCCAUUACAAUGUUCCAGAGCAACGACUCAGAUUUGGAAGAACAGGCAGUCAACUUUGGUAAAGAACACGAGUUUGCAGACAUAACAUGGUACCCUAGCCAACGAAAGGCGGUAUACCGGAUUGAUGACCGCGUCUCAUCUAAUGUAUCCGGAAAUGGUCUCAACAAUUUCAUCGGUUUCCGGUCUACACCAACCUUGUUAAUGGCUAUAAUCAGAUCUUUAGAAGAGAGUCAAGAAUCAACACGCGAUGUUAAUGGAAAAUGCAUAACUGCAAAGAUGACAACCUCCAUUUUAGCGACAGCCGGAUUAAGCUUUACAAACGACGGCAAGACAUUUAAGGGAUAUCCGGUAAUAGGUUUCCAGAAUCGCUUACAAGCCUCCGGCAGCUGCCUGGAUAGUCCACAUGAUAAUCAAAUAACAGCAUGUCCAUGGGAUCACAGAGUUAAAAGUCAAUACUUUCAUCAAACAACAAUUAGCAUUGCACUACCAAACGUUAAGAACUUCAUCGAAGAUAUACAGAAACUACGAGAUAUAGAACCGCAAUCUUUCUGUAACGCGGAGCUCUAUAAUGGAAUACUAAUGAGAUACGUAAAAGCUUCCAAUGCUUACUUAGGUAAACAAGAAGACGCCAUAGAUUUCGAUAUAACUUAUUACAGAAGUAAAAAUCCUAAUAAACCACGACUUCACGAAGACGUAUUCGAAGAAGUAGAACAGCUUGGUAUUUUCAAGCAUGGUGGAAUACCACAUUGGGGUAAGAACCGGAAUGUUGCAUUUGAAGGUGUGAUCAGAAAGUUUGCUAAAGCCGGAGAGUUUUUGAAGGUGAAAAACUUGUACGAUCCGUUCGGGAUAUUUUCUAGUGAAUGGACUGAUCAAAUUCUUGGUUUGGGCGACGGAGUAAGCAUAGUCAAGGGAGGUUGUGCAUUGGAAGGCUUGUGUAUAUGCUCGGACGACUUACAUUGUGCACCGGAGAAGGGAUAUUUUUGUCGACCUGGUCGUGAUUAUAAGGAUGCUAGAGUAUGUAGACAUUUUAAACAAGUCUGAUUCACAGUCGCUCGUAUGAACCACCAGCGACUGCAACACCUAGUAUUCUAACUCGCUUGUUAAUUUAUUUGUUGUAUUAAGAGUGUGUUGUAUAUGCGGUUGAGUCUGAUACCACUUCUGGAUCCCUGUUCUCGGGCAAGUAGAAUUGCUAAUUUAGCAUAGG